AUGAAUAACCAAAAGAAAAUGAAAUUAACGUUGUUGAAUGAUAAGUCGUUAUUUAAGUGUAGCUCUGGAAUGUUAUUAAAAGCUUUUUUAUCUUGUAUCAUUUCUCCUAAGUAAGUUUAAAUCUAUCAAAAAUUUAACCAUUAAUUAUGUAGUCUUACUGCUAAAAAUUUAUUGAAUGAUCCAGAUUUUAUAAAAAAAGAGUGUUUUAGCUUGUAUAAUUUAUUAUUUUAAUAACAAUAUUAAAUUCGCUUAAACUCAGGUUGCAUUACAUAAUUUAAGAAUAAAUAUUUACCAAUCUUAUAAUAUUAUGAAUCACAAUCGCUAAAUACUCUUAAAUUUUAUAAAAUUACAAUAAUCAUGUAUAAGUAUAAAUAUGUAUACAAAUAUUAUUUAUUAAGAAUAUGA